CCUCUCGCCUCUGGACGGCGGCGGGGCGACUGCCCGAGCUGCAGCCUCUCGGCGCCCGCGCCCCUCAGGCUGUCGGCGGCGCGGAGGAGAGCGCACGCCGGUCUUGGAGGGGGGAUCCCCGGUGAGGGGGGCAGCGGCGCGGACCCACCUUCGCUCCCGGCCCGCGGGGCGUAGCGCUGGCGCCAGGGGAGACUCCGGGGCCGCCCGCAGGUCCGGCCGCGCCGAGGCGACAGCAGCGGAGCCCGGGGGAGGGCGGCCCCGACGGCGCGCGGGGCCCCGGGGCGGCCAGCCAUGACCUUCGGGCGCAGCAGGGCGGCCUCGGUGGUGCUGAACGUGGGCGGCGCCCGGUACUCGCUGUCCCGGGAGCUGCUGAAGGACUUCCCGCUGCGCCGCGUGAGCCGGCUGCACGGCUGCCGCUCAGAGCGCGACGUACUGGAGGUGUGCGACGACUACGACCGCGAGCGCAACGAGUACUUCUUCGACCGGCACUCGGAGGCCUUCGGCUUCAUCCUGCUCUACGUGCGCGGCCACGGCAAGCUGCGCUUCGCGCCGCGGAUGUGCGAGCUCUCCUUCUACAACGAGAUGAUCUACUGGGGCCUGGAGGGCGCGCACCUCGAGUACUGCUGCCAGCGCCGCCUCGACGACCGCAUGUCCGACACCUACACCUUCUAUUCGGCCGAGGAUCCAGGCCCGCGGCCGCGCGAGGGAGCGCGACCCGCUGGGCCCGAGGCGGCGCACUCCCGCCGCUGGCUGGAACGCAUGCGGCGGACCUUCGAGGAGCCCACAUCGUCGCUGGCCGCGCAGAUCCUGGCCAGUGUGUCGGUGGUGUUCGUGAUCGUGUCCAUGGUGGUGCUGUGCGCGAGCACGCUGCCCGACUGGCGCACCGCGGCUGCAGACAACCGCAGCCUGGAUGACCGGAGCAGGUACUCCGCCGGCCCUGGGAGGGAGCCCUCCGGGAUAAUUGAAGCUAUCUGCAUAGGUUGGUUCACUGCGGAGUGCAUUGUGAGGUUCAUCGUCUCCAAAAACAAGUGUGAGUUUGUCAAGAGACCCCUGAACAUCAUUGAUUUAUUGGCAAUCACGCCAUAUUACAUCUCCGUGCUAAUGACAGUGUUUACGGGUGAGAACUCCCAACUGCAGAGGGCCGGAGUCACCUUGAGGGUGCUCAGGAUGAUGAGGAUUUUUUGGGUGAUUAAGCUUGCCCGUCACUUCAUUGGUCUUCAGACACUCGGUUUGACUCUCAAGCGAUGUUACCGAGAGAUGGUUAUGUUACUCGUCUUCAUUUGUGUUGCCAUGGCAAUCUUUAGUGCACUUUCUCAGCUUCUUGAACAUGGGUUGGACCUGGAAACAUCCAACAAGGACUUCGCCAGCAUCCCCGCUGCCUGCUGGUGGGUGAUUAUCUCUAUGACUACAGUUGGCUAUGGAGAUAUGUAUCCUAUCACAGUGCCUGGAAGGAUUCUUGGAGGAGUUUGUGUUGUUAGUGGAAUUGUUCUGUUGGCAUUACCUAUCACUUUCAUCUACCAUAGCUUCGUGCAGUGUUACCAUGAGCUCAAGUUUAGAUCGGCCAGAUAUAGCAGGAGCCUCUCUGCUGAGUUCCUGAAUUAAUGCAUUGCAGAUCAAUUCUUGCAUACACGUCGUUUGAGAGAAAGAGCUGCUGCCACUUCACAUUCAUGCGUUUCUUGUUGGUUGAGCACUGCAGAGGCAUUGUCAUCAUCUUGGUAGGAUAAAAAUUAUCCUUCCCAGCGGAAGAGAUAGCACAGUUUAUUUAUUAUGGAGCAAAAAGGGAUUGAGACCGCAAGGAAGAGUAAUGAUUCCUAGAGUAAACUUUAGGAUUAACUUUAGACUGGUCUCUUCCUUGCCUUGAACAAUUACAUAUUUCUGUUUUUUUUUUUUAAAGUACACUAUUUGAACACUUUAAAACAGAAUGAUUCUAUUUUCCAAAUGUUUUCCAUCUUAAUGAAUUCAGAAGAAGCUUGGAACUUUGGUGUUAUUUUUGAGACUAACAUUUUCAUUUCUAAAUGUUUUAUAAUUUCUCGUAUCAAUGUCAGAAGUAUUCUGGAAACAUAUGUCACAUGCAAGAACUGUUUAACAAAUACUUUAAAAAUUUGGCCAAAAUUUAAACUGCAUAAUGGAGCUAGAUACAAACGAGAAUGUCACUUGAAAAGCUCUUCCAUACUUACCUAUCCUCUGCUCUAUUUUUGUGCCUAUUAUCCACCUUGUCAUACAGCUUUGUGGAGGCUUGAGUAUAUUCUCGUUUCCAUUUUGGAUUUCUUUUAUCUCUUUACUGAAAUGACUUCAAAAAGUAUUUAAGAGUACCAAGAGCUUAUGUUGUUUAGCAUUAUGUUAGAUAAUAUUAUAAUUCAUUGCUGUUACUAGGUGAUAAUCAUCCUACCAUUCAGAUGUCCAAACAAGAAUAUUUCCAACAUGAAAAUAGAAGUAGGUUGAUAGUAUCAGUAUUACAACCCAUAUUUCUUCUUCUGCUUUUAACUUUUCCCCAAACUCCAUGAAUUUAAUAAGACUUACUAGAUGAAAGAGUAUUUCUGUAGCCUUUUGAUACCAAAGUCAUACUUAACGUGUUGUCACUGAAUUAUCAUUAAAAAGGAAAUGUUAUUGUACUCCUAGUUGCUGUGUAGCUAAGUCAAUUUCAAGCCAGCCAAAAGCAAUGAAUACAUAAUUAUUUGAUCUGAUCUUCACUAUUGUGAAUCACAGCUACACUACGACUCUUGUGAGAAUAUUGAGUAAUAAGCUAUAUUAAUCUGGCUAGAUUAUUAGUACUAGAUAAUGUACAAGGGAUGAUUUUUUCAGUGCUAAAGUUUAGCAAUAUGAAUUAGAAUUUUGCUUUUUUGCCCUACUGCUGUAGAGGUCAUAUAUAAACAUGAAAAGUUAAAGUCACAGAUUCAUGAAUAAUUUAGGGUGCACACUGUUUACCGGGGAGAUGUUGGGGGAUGGUGGACAAGACUGAAGACCUGGAUAUAUUUAUCAAGGAAAGAAUUACCAAGAGUAUUAGAAAUGUUAGCCAUCAGCCAGUCCAUCUCCAGGUAGAAGAGCAGUGCAGGAGAGGGUUAAGGCCAGGGUCUGCAGAAACAUGCCCAGCAGUCCAUUCCUCAUAGCCCCCCCGGGUUUUUGACAAGAGUCUUAACCAACCACAUUGCUUUGCAUUUGUCAUCGCUAAGGUAAUGACAGCAAAAACCAUUUCCUUUUCCCUAAUUUUCUUUCCUGAGUUUAUGUGAUAUUUUAGCCAUUAUAAAUGUCAACUCAUUUUGCCCAGUACCUCUCACUGCUGUGUUCUGUUUUUAAAUACUCAAAUUCUGUUAUUUAUUAUGUAUUUAUUGUAUUUUGAUAUAACUAAAAUCUAUGGCAUGAAUUUAUUUAUUUUUACCUCUUUGGAUGAAGGCUUUGUGAAUCAUGCAAAUAAAAAUAGAGAUGGUAGCAGCUCCAUAUUACUAAGAAAACAUGAUUAAGUCUUAGUUGUGUCAGUACUGGGAACCCUUUGUGUAUAUCGUCUCCCCAGGUAAAUUGUCACUGUAGAGAGCUAGGACAUUCCUCGAGCAGCACUUCCGUAUCUCAUGAUGGCUGUUGCACACUAGCGCACAACCUAUGGAGUGAUGUAGGGAGGCUUCUGAGGAAGAGGAGAGGAGAGGAGAGGAGAUGCACAGGUCAGCCACGUGCAGCCACACGCAUCAGGUAUGGGUGAGAACCCACUUGCCGACGACACCAGCUUUUCCACAGGCUAAUUUUCAUUUUAAAAUACCAUGUGCGAUAAAUGUUAAUGGCAGUUCAACCGCCUGUUUACAAAGGAGAAAGCUGAGACAUGAUGGAGUAUUUCAUUCAUAAAUGGAAAAAUGUACUUCAGAAUUUUGUUUUCAUGCAUGAUGCAGCUUUCUAGGAACAGAGAGAUCUUGUGAAAUGUAACAUUUCCCGGAAUAUUACUGCUUUAAAAAAAAACAACAAAACAUUCAGUAGCUCUUUUUUCUUAGUUGUCGUCUUAGGAGUUUCCUAUUCAGUCUUUAUGGCGGAAAUACUUAGUCUGGGAUCUGUGUCAGUACAGUAAGUCGGAUGCUACCCUAAACUAGAGUACCCAAAGAGGAUAGAAGAAGCCCAGAUCUUUAGUUUGACUUUACCAUACCUUGAGCAUACAUGAUUCGAUCUUAUAUGUAACUUGAUUUGUAUUCUCUAGCGUGGAAUUUUUGGAGAUUAGAAAGACAAAAUCAGGGAAUCUGUGUGAACGUGAACUAUAGCAAUGCAAAACCGUAUUGUUUUACUACUGUGUUGUCCCCGUAGUUUGAAACUGUUGUGACAUUUGUUCUCUACAUUUGUAAGCUUACCACUCAAUUCUUUCUUCUUUCCUUCAUUUUCGAGGGACUCAGGAUUGAACCCACACCUUCAUGCUGAGCGCUGAGUUACACUUUCAGCCUUUUUUCAUUUUUGAGACAAGAUCUUACUAAGUUCCUAAGAUGGCCAAGCGGGGCUCAAAUUUGUGAUCCUUCUGCCUCAGCCUUCAGAGUGCUGGGACUAUAAGCAUGUAUUUCUAUGGCUACCUAUAAAUUCUUUCUUAAAAGUGUUAAAAUAUUCUUUCUUUCUUUCCUUUUUUUUUGAGACAGGGUCUCGCUAUUUUGGUUGUGAACUCGCAACCAUCCUCCUGCCCCAGCCUCCUAAGUACUGGGAUCAUAGGCGUGCGCCACCACCCCUGACUUCCUCUUUUUUAUACAGAUGAAAAUAAAAACCCCAAACUCCUAGUUCUAUUUUAUUACUAAGCUUUAUCACUUCGAAUUUAAUGGAUAACUUUACAGAACACUUCUGGAGUUCUCUGACCCUGCAUAAAUAUAUAUCCUUUAUAGUUUGUAGUAAAUAAUCUAAUAAAACAGUCACACUUGAUCUUAAUAUUUUAAUAGGCACAGGAUCUCAGAGACCUUCUGGUCAACCUCAUUCUCUUGCAUCUAGGUCUUAGUAGCUGCAGACAGUUUCUUCCAGUGGGUUAUGAUUUAGACAUGUUCGUGCUAGUGUUCCCUUAGGCCCCAGAAACCUAAUAUUCAGACUCUGGAUUCAGUACUCUUUGUAUGUACUUCCUUUUUCAUUUGGGAUGUAGUUGUUUUUUGUUGUGUUUUGUUUUGUGUUGGUACUGGGAAUCGAACUCAGGGCCUCAUGCUUGCCAGGCAGGUGCUGCACCACUGAGGUAUUUUCCCACCUGCCCUGUCAUUUAGUUUUUUGUUUUUGUGAGUGGUUUUGUUGUUGUUGUUGUUGUUGUGGGGUUUUUGUUUUGUUUUGUUUUGGUCUUUUUGAGACAGGAUCUCACCAUGCAGUUCAGGCUGGCCUUGAACUCACAGAUUCCCCCUGCCUCAGCCUCCCGAGUGCUGGGAUUACAGGUAUGGGCCAUUGUUUGUCUUUUUGAGACAGGGUCUCACUAUGCAGUUCAGGCUGGCCUUGAGCUCAAUUUGUAGCCCUGGCUGAUCUUGAACUCUCAACAGUUCUGCCUCAGCCUCCCAAAUACUGAGAUUACAGGCAUAAGCCACUGUAUCCAGCUUCCUCCAAUUUAGUUUUUUUUUUUUUUUUUUGUCGUUUUCCUUUUUAUCGGUACCGGGGAUCGAACUCACGACUGCCUGCUUGCAAGGCAGGCGCUUAUGCUGCUGAGCUAAAUCUCCAGCCCCUAAAAAAUUAUUUUUAGAAGCCAUAGAUGUCUGGAAAGACGUGGAACCAGUGUGGUACAUAAAGAAUGCAGGUUUUUGAUAGAAUUUUUCUUUUUCUUCUGUGCUCCUCCCCUCCCCCUUAGUGCUGGGGAUCAGAUACCAAGAGCAGCUUGCAUGCUAGACAAGUGCCACUGAGCUACAUCACCAGCUUCUCAACAGGAUUUUAAACUAGUAGUGGCGUACCCAUUCAUGUAUAUAUAACUAAGGUCAGGCAUCACUGCAUUAUUUAGAAGAGCGAGGCAGAGAAUCCCGUAGCUGAGUAGGCAGUAACACGGGUUGAAGCUUUAAUGGAACGUUCCGGGAGAGUUCGUUCGGUCAGGAGGGCGUUCAUAUGGCGAUUUGCUUCCUGUGUUUUAGAACUCACCUGUACUCAGGAAUGGGCACCAGCUCUGACCCCGCGAGUUAAGUCAGGAUUUGCUGCCCGUUUGCUUUGGAACCUUCUGUGGACUUGUGAGGCAUCACCCAGGAUCGUGAUUCUGUUGCCCUGCUGUGUGGUUAAGCUGUGCUUAAACUUCCAGAUUUUCUACCUGUCCCCAGCAUUUUCAGUCAACGCUUAGACUUGUGACCGUUCGUGUAGACUUCAUUGUCCAUUUAGGAAGUGAACUUGAUCGACUGCAUUUAUACUGUCAUUUAAACAAAUUCAAAUUUAAGUAGCUUUGGUGGGAAUCCUGUGGUUGAUAGAGCACUGAACCAACCAUAGUCAAAACAUCAAUGAUAUUUAGUGGGUAAAAGCCAGAGAGAAUAUUAUUUGGCUUUCACUUCCCAGGAGUAAGUGAUGUAAUGUCAUUUGUGUCUAAAGUAGCACUCCAGUGUACUUAUUUAUGCAGCAGUAUAUUGAAAUAAAACUCGUAAGUUUAAAUUAAGCAGGUUCCCUCCCUUCUUCCCCCCAAUGUCAAUUAUUUCCAUUGUUUUCAAAUUAAUUAUAUAAUUUUACUAAUGACAGAAUGAAGCUAUCUGUAAGAAGUAUUGUUGAAGUGUUUUUUUGGUUUUCUUUUUUUUUUUGUCUUUUUCGUUUUUAUCGGUACCAGGGAUCGAACUCACGACUGCCUGAUUACAAGGCAGGCACUUAUGCCGCUGAGCUAAAUCCCCAGCCCCUAAAGUGUUUUUUUAAGAAAGGAAGCAUAAAUAAUGCCAGGUGACUUUUGUAUUAAUAUGCAGCGGUUUAUUGAACCAACAUACUUUUUGUCUGUAUCUUACACAGCUUGAUACUGUACCUCUGAUAAAAUUCCAUGUUUGCCUUCUCUACAAUACAGAUGACAAGAAAAUUUCUUCUUUAGUGAGAUGCAGUUAAGUGUAGUUACAAAUCCUGAACUCACUUGUAAAACCAUAACCACUUUUUUUGGGCGGGAAGGUGAUGCUAGGAUUAGACCUAGGACCUUGGCACUGAACUCCAUCCCAAGCUCUUUUUUAUUUUUUAUUUUGAAGAAGGGUCUCACUAAGUCACGUAAUUGCCAAGGCGGGGCUUAAAUUUGUAAUCUUCCUGCCUCGGCCUCCCAUAUGCUCCCAUGCCCAGCUCGUAACCACAUUUUCAUAUGAAAUACUUGGAAGUAAAAUAUAAAAUCAUAAAGUUGAUGUAAGACUUAGGUUUUAGGUCCACAUGAAAGUCACGAAUUUUUGUUCUAGGACAGAAAUGCAAAGUUUGGACUUGUUGGUUUGAGAUAAAUUUCUAAAGCUCUUAUCUAUAUUUUUAAAAUUCAGUAAUUUUUAGUACUAAAGAUUUACUACUGCACUGAACACUUUGGAAGACUUGGAUAAAAAUUUAAACGUUCGAAUGAUGGGUGAUAGUCCUUUUAUAAGGUAUAGCUUACAAAAGUUUAAGAAAAACUACCUUUUGUGAACUGACCAUAGAUAUGUGGAUUUAUUUUUGGACUUUCCUUUCCAAUGAUCUGUAUGUGUGUUUUUGUGCCAGAAUCACACGGAAGACUAGCUUUGCAUUAAGUUUGAGACUCAGCAAAUGUAAGUACCUCUUUGUUGAAGACUUAGCUACUCUUGUUCUCUUAUAUAUCAUAGGAAAUUAAGAUUGACAUGUAGCUUUUUCUUCAUAAAAGGCAGUUGUGAUAGGGAUUGCUUUGAAUUUGUAAAAGAAUUAGUAGAGUGUUAGCCAUUCUAGGAACUCAAAAGUCUUUUUAUCUUUGCAUUUGCUUAGGUCUUCUUUGAUUUCUUUCAACAAUGUUUUGUAGUUUUCAAUGUGCAAGUGUUUUGCUCUUUUUUGGUCUAAUGUAUUCCUAGGUGUUUUUGUUUCGUUUUGGGUACCCACACAUGGAACUUACACCUUGCCAGGGAGGCGCUGAGCUGCUGAGCUAUAUCCCUGGCCCGUUCCUAGGUGUUUUAUUCUUUUUGACAUUGUAGAUGGAAUUGUUUCCUGAAUUUCAUUUUCAAGUUAUUUUUUUGUUAGGAUUUAGGAAUACAGCUGAUUGGUGUUUAAUGAUACUCGAUUCCCUUUGUCAGGUUGAGGAAGUUUUCUUCUAUCCCCAGUUUAUGGAGGGUUUUGUUGUUGUUGUUGUUGUUACAGGGUGUUAGAUUCUAACAAUGUGUUUUAAUGAACAGAUGGAAAGAGUUGUCUUGUUGAGUUGUCUUGUCAGUGUCGGAAAAUACAUCUCAUUGAAGCAAGUUUGUCUCUCUUUUUUUUUGUGGGGAGUAUCAGGAAAGGAACUCACAACUUUGCAUUUGCUAGGCAGGCACUGUGCUAUACCCCUAGCCCAUUAAAUGCAACUUUGUAAAUCUCCACAAGACACUAAUCAAGUUGAAGCCAAGCUCCUGUUAUGGCUUUAAAAAACACUUUAAUUGAUACACAUUUGAUGGUUUCUACUAAAUUGGUUCUUUUCAUUAGCCCAAGUUAAUUUGAGUUUGGGUUUACUUGCCUAAAAAUACAGAAGAGAUAGAAAAUGAUUUGUUUCCAUUGUUUGGAUUAUUUUAUUUUAGUGCUUUAUUAUUUGACCUUGGAAUUCUUUUUUUUUUUUUUUUGUCUUUUUGAGACAAGGUCUUUCUGUGCAGUUCAGGCUGGCUUUGAGCUCACUUUGUAUCUAGGAUGGUUUUGAACUCACAACGAUCCUCCUGCCUCAGCCUGUCGAGUGCUGGGAUUAUAGGCGUGAGCCAUCACGUCCAGCAUGACUUGGAAUUCUUAAACUCACAUGUUCUAGGAGUAUUGGGAGGAUGCCAGAGUGUAGAAUAGGGUGCCUCAGCCUCCCUGCAAGGCCAUAUUUAAGAUGUUUCAACUCCUCAUUCUGCCCGCCUGGGAGGAUGCUUCAUAGUGAGCCUGAUAGAACUUUCUGGAAGGGCUGAAGCCUACAUCUUUCCUUAGUACUCACACAAUGGGCAUAUGUCACUGAAUUGCUAAGGUGAGGAAGAAGGAUUCUCAAAAACAAGACUUGGUUGCUGGCUGUAGUGGUGCACACCUGUAAUCCCUGUAAACACUGCAGAGGCUGAGGCAGGAGCAUCACCAGGAGUUUGAGGCCAGUCUGGGGCUACAAAGUGAGUUCAAGGCCAAGCCUGAACUGCAUAGUGAAUUUGUCUCAAAAAGGCAAAGCAAACAAACAAACGAAAAAACAAGACUUGGCACUUAAUCUGUAGCAAAAAGAUGUUUGGGGUCUCUUGUUUUAUCUUUAGGAAUAUCUGCCUAAUGGGUGUCACUGCUGUUCAGGGCCCUCUGCAGUACAGAGAUGGCCCUGAGCAGGCCUCCCUCCGGGAGGUGCCCUCAGCGAGGUGCAAGGGCACCCAGAAAACUCCCUUGAGCCUGAUGCUCCUCUGCACAAACACAAAGCACAGAUUUUUAAAAAAAUAUGGUUUGCUAUCACAAAUGCAGUUGUUCUGAAAGUUCUUUAGGAGAUAAUGACAGUCAAAUAAGUGACGGAAAAUCUUAAUAUCAUCUGUAAAUAGCACAUCCCCAAAUGGUUGGAAGGUCACAGGCAAGUUUUCCAUUCUGACCAUUACUGACUGUAGUACAUGGAGCCCGACUGGCAUUUUUCAUGAGUAAUGUUGCUAAUGUACUAUUUGACUGAAUACUUAGUUUUCUAAUUUUGUACAUGUGCCUCAAAGGACCUUGGCUAAUGGCUGUAUUUUUAAUAACUCUUAUGAAUGUACUGAGCAGAUGUUAAUAAUCAUCAAUGCAAAUGUGGAUCUCAAGCCUAAUGGAGUUAUGGACCAAGAUUUGGUGACCCUACACUUUGGUGCAGAUACAGAUACAUAGUUUGGAAAAACAGCUUUUAAAGAGGUAUACUUUGCUUUAGCAAUAAAAUACAUGUAUUCACUACUGUUUAUAACAAAUGUUCCUGGGAAGAGCAAGAGCCCCAAUAAUUAGUCAUCAGAUGUUUAAAUGAUAACCACAACUUUUAAAUUCUGUGGAGUAGUGAAAAUUAUAGGAACUUCUUAAAUAAAAAAAAACUGCUAAUGUUUGUAAUUCUUUUGGUUUUGCUGAAUCCUUAUAAGUAUUUUGAAAAUAAAUCUCUAACCCUAGUUGAUCAUCCUAAGAAAUUUGUAACCAGCAGUUUCUAAAAAAUACAUCUUUUUAGGGGCCGAGGAUAUAGCUCAGUGGCAUAGCACCUGCCUGGUAAGUGUGAAGUCCUGAUUCUGCAGGGCAUGGUGGCGCAUGCCUGUAAUCCCAGCACUCAAGCGACACAGGCAGGAGGAUUGCUAUGAGUUUGAAGUUAGCCUGGGCUACAUAGUGAGUUCAAGGCCUCCCUGAACUACAUAGCCAGACCCUGUCUAAAAAUAUUCAUUCUUUUUCUUUCUCUUUCUUUCAUCUGUUUGUUUGUCUGUCUGUCUUCCUUCCUUCCUCUCCAUUCCUUUCUUCCUUUCUUCCCCCUCUUUUCUUUUUUCUUUUCAGCUGGCAUGAUGAUGCCUGCCUGUAAUCCCAGCUUCUCAGGAAGUUAAGAUGUGAGGAUAGAGUUCAAGGCAAGCCUGGACAGCUCCAUCUCCAAAACAACAACAAAAAGCUAUAUCAAUGUCUGUAUUUAUAUUUACUCAUAUUUAUAUCUAUAACUGUCUUUCCAGGACUGCAACUCACUGAGAAACACUGGAUAAUGUACAACACCCUGAGGUGCAUCCCCAGCACUGCCAAAAAACCAAAAUCAAAGAACUUUUGCUUGGCAUGGUAGUAUCCAGUCUCAUCUGCAAUCUACAUAGUGAUUUAAGGCUAACCUGCACUGUAAGGUGAGGCCCUGUCCAAAAAAACAAAACAAAAACAAAUCCGGCUCCCUGCUGCUGGUGUUUAUAGGCUUGUUUGCUCCAGGGAUCAGGAUCAUGGGUGUACAGAGGUCACCAGAGGUAACGUGUACAGGAGCGUAGGUCCACCCAGCCUGGGGGUCCUGAUUGCUGCCCUCCUGCCUCUGAGUCUUGCGUCAGAUUGGCGCCACUCACCCCUGUGGCAUCUCUGCUUGUCCUCCGUAUCUUCUCCAGCCCAGCCCACCGGUUGCUUCUCUUUCCACUUGCCAUGUUCAUGCUUAGUGAUUUGGGCACAGGUUUGCCAGUCUUGUUCCCUCGCUUGGAAAAUUGCCAUGGGCAGGACACUUUGUCUUAGAGGAAGGUGUUGGAAGUCCUGGAGUGGUUGUGGUGACACUGAGCAGAACCACAUCCUGAGCAACUUUUAUUCCACGUCUGCUUCGUUUUGCGGAUUGGACGUGAUGAACAUUAAGUAGCAGGUCCUUAGAUGUCAUCGUCAUUGACCUACCUGAUGUAUUUAAGAGUAGAAAAUGGAUUUUACUCAAAUAUCUAAUUGCUCUUGUCGUAUAAUUACAACAAGAGUGAAUCAUUCUGUGGGCAGAAGCUGUGGCUGAUUUGUAAAGUGGGAAUGUUUGAAGACAAUGGCAUCUUUUGCUGAUUACUAAAUAAGCACAUUUCUAGAUCUCCUCAACUAAAGGGUUACUUAACUUGGCAUUUACACUUAGAGCUCUGCCCCCUUCCCCACCUCAGAUGCUACAUGUUUUUACAGAGGAGCAGCUCUGUGGGAUCGGAACCAGUGAGUGCUUGGUGUUUCCUGUCUUUUAAGGAUGAGCAGGUGACCUUGCAGCAGGACAUCACUGACAGCCCUGUGCAAGUGGGAUUUGGGUUGUGAGCCUCUCUGGUUACUUAGUGUGCAGCUGUUUUAAUGUCUAUUUUUAUUAUUUAUUCAUCUAGGUAGUCUUAAUUUUUUCAGUCCCAUUUUGCUUCUCUUAUUUUGAUCUAAUUUGGAAAUUAAAUAAGCAGUUCCUGCCAGACUUCCCCUUAGAGCAACGUUUUUCUAGAGUGCUUGAUUAAAUUAUUAAGCGAAUACAGAGUUUGGGUUUUGUUGUUGUUUCUCUUCACAUCACAGAGUUUGGUACUGGAAAUGAGUAUAGUGAUUGUCACACAUGAAAAAAAAAACUGAUCUUGUCAUUGGGCUAUCUUUGUAUUCAGGCAUAAUGAAUACUGUUUUCAUUUUAAGGACAGCAUUUUGACAUGAGUGCAGUCAGUGAGCAGAUCUUUUUACCACUAUAUCAUUGCAUCAGACUACUCAUUAAUUAAAAAUACACAGACCCUGUGAGUGUUUGGGCUACAACAGAAAUCUGGGGUACAUUUUUCCACUUUUUGUAGUAUUGAUCGUUUUUCACUUUUAGGACCCGAAACAGAUGACAGGCACAUUAAUGCACCACGUGGCAUGUGACUUAGAUUUACAUUGUCCUUUUUAUUUUAUUUUAUUUUAUUUUAUUUUUUGGUCUUUUUUGAGACGGGGUCUCGCUCCGCAGUUCAGGCUGGCCUUGAGCUCACUUUGUAGCCCAGGCUGGUCUCGAACUCGCAACGAUCCUCCUGCUUCAGCCUCCCGAGUGCUGGGAUUACAGGCGUGAGCCACCACACCAGGCUGUGUCCUUCAUUUUAGAAAGCCAUCAAUCUCCAAAGAUAAACUGUUAGGCCAUUUCUAACCUGAAAGUAAAAGUUAGGUCUACUUUUGUAAAGAUCUCAUAAUGUGGAUAUCUAAGCUAUAUUAUGAAUAAUGUGUUAUGGAUUAUAUUCUAUUUAACUUGUUUAUGUAAAAGUAACUAUAUGUCUAUUUUGCACUAAAAAAUGGUUGAAUCUAUACAUUCAAUCAUUUUUAUUUAUUUUUUGAAGGUCAUUUGUUUUUUAAGGUCAACUAAGGCAGCUGGCCCAACAGAGGUUUAUGUUUGUUUGUUUAAUUUGGUUUUUUGAGACAGGGUCUUAUCAUGGAGCUCAAGCUGCCCUGGACUCACAGGGUAGCCCAGGGUGGUCUUGAAUUCCAUGCAGUCUUUCUGCCUCAGCCUCCCAAGUGCUGGGAUUAUAGGGAUGCACCAUCAUGCUUGGGUUCAACCAUUUUUAUAUCAUUGUUGUUCAAUUUCAUGUUGAAAAAUGAUAGGAAAACCAGGCAUGGUGCCAUAUGCCUAUAAGCCCAGCACUGGGGAAGGAUGAGGCAGGAGGAUCUCAAGUUCCAGCUUGGCUGCGUCAGUUUAGUGAUACUCGGUCUCAAAUGUAAAAAGUUAAGCAGGGACUGGGAGGUACGUAGCUCAUUACCAAGUCCCUGGGUUCCAUCUUCACUACUGGAAACUUUUUUUUAAUGGACUUUAAUUUUGAUUUUGGUCUGAUUUUAUUUCUGAUCAAUAAGUUAAUCACUUCACUAUCCUUUAUAAGACUAAGACCUCUCUGUUUAGUUCAGAAUAGAGUUUUUGGUGCACAUUUUUGUUAUCUUCAGAAAUUAAGUCAAAGCAGCCUUAUAUGAAAGGUAGCCUUAUAUGGAGAGCCUUAUUGCAAAGAUAUUAGAGUAUUUGUAAUAUUUUUUCUAGAAUUCAGAAUCUUGGGUAUUAUGGGGCAUAUAAGAACUUGAGAAGAAUUCUUUAUUUAGUUAUGGGUAAGAUGUAUAAGUACACUGAGAAUGUCUUUAUACUUGGGGGCACUUCUAUGGGUAAAGUUUUACCUUGGUUUCCUGUUUGGCACUGUCUUUUGAUAAAGUCCGUCAGUGGCUAAAUUGCUCUGUGUGUAUGUGCUGAAGACACUUGCCUUAAAAUAGAGCUCUUGUGUGGUCAGAUUGUCUUCCCAGUGACUCAUCUCUCUGUGCAUUUGGUGAAUGCAGGCCUGACAAAUUCCAGGGAAGUAAGAAAGAAGAUGAAAUGUCCUUCUCUUAUUAAUAAUCUGAGCUUGGGUUAAAAAGCAUUUUCAUCACAUGAAGCAUUUGUGGAAAAUAUAAUAAUGUUUAACUUUAAUGCUAAAGACAGCAAGUGACAGAACAGAUAAAGUACGUGGUAACUUUAGCCAUCAGCCCUCUUCUCCACGGGAACAGUUAUUAGAUGUGCAUGUGGUCAGUGUUACCGCUCCCACUGUGUGUCCAUCACUUCCGCCAGCUGUCAUCAGUGACCACUUCCUGUGUCCUGAGGAGGCAGAGGUACUGUGUCAACCAAUAAGGAAAGUAAUUUGGGUAAUAAGAUUGAUUUAAGGUAAUAAUUAUAUCUGCUGAUAGCUCUCAUUCAAACAAUGGUCUAUGGACAUAGAUUUUUGUCUUCUAAUAAAAAAGAUUCUUAAAAUCAGCUCAACUUAUAUAAUGUAAUUUUUUCACAUUUUAUGGAUGAUUAGUAAAAUGUAUGAUCAUUUGGGUCAUAGCUUUCUUACUUGGCUGUGUUACUUAUGUAUUUACGUCAGAUCUUUAAUAAUACAUAUAAAUGUACAUCAACUAUAUUUAAUUAUGGUUGGAGCUUUUUCGCACUCCUUUACUCCUUAAGGAAAUAAUAUUUUAUAAGAAAUUAACUUUGUUAUGAUACAACUAUGUGGAAUGCACAUCUGAGGAAAACUCUGUACAGCCUGACCAUCUGAAGAGUUAAUAAAUCUUGACGUUAAGAACCUCCAGCUGAUGCUAUAUACGUGUUACUGACUGUCGGGUUGAUUUCAUUAAUUAGUGUAGCUCAUCCUUGAUGGGCUUAUUUCCCUUCUGUUCUGAACCAAAACUUCAUUUUGCAAUAAAUGACUGGUGGAUGAAGCACAA